AUGCGCCGCGUUGAUUGCGAGACAAAAUGGCGGCGGCUUGAAAAGGCGAGAGCGGCGGCGCGGAGGGAAGCUCGCUGUCGAGGGCGCCGGCAGCAGGGGGCGCAGCUGCGGCAGCUCCCGGCCGUGGCUCCUCCCUCGUGGGCCGCUUCCCAAGCCGCGGGGGCGGGUCGCGAGGGCCGCCCGCCGCCGGUGAGGUGAGUGGCGGGACUGAGGCGGCCGGCCUUCGCCCCGCGGGGCUGAGGGGAGGAUCCGCCGGGGCGCCGGGCGGGGGACCCAAAGGAGGAAACAAGCAGGGGAGGCGUCUGAAAGUUAACUAAUUGGGCUGCAUAUGAAGUGAAUGUCAACCACCAUAUUAUUGUGGUUGUUGUUAUUUAUUUUAAUUAAUUAAAGUGCGUUUUUCUUCGGCUUGCCAGCCAUACUUUGCCUUGACUCGUGUGGGUUUUUUGUUUUUGUUUUUGCGGUGAUCUUGGACUCAAUAUGGAAUUGCUUACCUUGUGCUUCCCCCUCCCUUUUUUUAAUAAAUAAGAGUUUAAUAGAACAAGGACGUCAAAAGGGAAAGGCAUAUAUCAUUGUAAGAGACUGAAGUUAACUAAUUGGGCUGAAUAUAAAGUGAAUAUCAACCAUAUUAUUAUUAUUGUUGUUGUUGUUGUUAUUAUCACCAUCAUCAUUAUUAUAAAAAUGCUCUUUUCUUCAACUCACUAGCCAUACUUUGCCUUGACUCGUAUGGGGUUUUUGAUUUUGUGGUAAUAUUGGACUCAAUCUUUGUGCUCCCCCCUUCUUUUUUAAAAAAGAAGAGUUUAGUUGAACAAGGAUGUCAAAAGAGAAAGGUAUACAGUAUAUCAUUAUUAGGGUCGACGAUCCCGAUUCUGUAUAUACCGUAUUUGCUUUAUUUAUUUAUUUUAAAAAAUAUUUAUACUUUUCAGAUUUAUACUUUUCACUAAUUUUACAAUCAUCUUUAAAUUUCCAAACUUCACUUCCUUCCCCCUCUUUCUGCGGUUCCUUAAAUAUAUUUUAAAUGUCUUCUGCAUAUACAAAUUAACGUAUUUACCAUAUUUACUCUGAUGCUCACCUUUUGGGGCCAAAUGAUGGUCGAUUUGGUGGCACGUUUGCUGGCAUAAAUGCCUUUUUUUGGAGGGAUGUUUCAAGAUUCCAAAAACGGAGAUACGCAUUAGGUUCAGUGGCGCAUUAGGUUCGAGUAAAUACGGCAUAUUAUCUAUUACCUAAGGUUUGCUGUUAAAGGUUUAUUUUUAACCCGCCGUAGUUGUGUAAAUGUGCUCCAAAUAUUGUCGUACUUGGCCUUUGUUUGUUUGUUUGCUGUUUACAUUGACUGAUGUGCUCUGCAUUUUGCUAUUUUGCAUUUUUCACUUGUGUAGGAUUGUGAGGUGCUGGACGUUUCGUUCGCAAGCCACUUUGGCCACACUUUGGCGUGGAAAGUGGUAUAUGAGUGAAGUCAGUUUGUCAGUCGGUAGCCCCGUAAAUGGCGCUUGGAGGAGGAGGGCAGGAAUUGGGAGGUGGAGAAGGAGGGCUCUGGGGGUUUUAAUUUUAGAAAAAUGAAAGCUGAAAGUUCAGCAAGAGGGCUUGAAGCAUCCCUAAGGGGACUUGUCUGAGAUUACAUGGCAAGCCCUGCUCUCUUCCCUCAUUGGCUCCCGUCAAAACAUAGCAGGUGUGUGGUCAUUAUUAUUCAUAACUUAAUUUAGAACCUAUGAUGAUUGCAAUGAUGUAACAAAAAUAUGCCAUAUGUGUGUGUGUGUCUAUUUUCUAAGCACGACUGUAAAUAUCAAUAUUGUAAACAUUAUCCAAAAAUUAGAAAAUGCUGAUUUACCACAUACAAAAAACUCCUCAAUAUUUAUAUUGUAAAUAAGCUCCAUGAAUUCAAUUAGAGAAUUCCAUUUAUUUAUUAUAAAAAAUCUGUAUUGUUUGGUAUAAUUCAAUAUUGAUAAUUUUGUAAGUUUAUACAGUACUUCUGCCCUCCAUUUUUGUUUGUUAGUUUACCAGCCAUUCUUUCACUGUUGGCGGUUACCUGUUUUUCCAUUUUUGCAAAACCAGAAGAGUCACAGCUAUUAAAUACUUUAUUAAGUCCUAGUGCUUGACCUGUUUAUACAGACAGAUCCCUAAUGAUAUUAUUAGGACUAUGAGAUGUCAUGACUGAUACAACCCCCCCCCCCAAACCCCACAUUUUAAUUGAUUGGCAACUCCACCCAAAUGCUUCACAUCUGCCUUUGAGGCUCCAUGCCUACACUGCAUGGUAUUUGGUCUGUGGAGUCAUGUACCAUUGAUAGAAUAAUUUAUAAUGGUUUUCUCUUAUGUGUACACAUAGAGAUAAUUUUGGUUCUUGAUAUAAUUUUUCCCUCAGCUCUCGUUCAGGGAUUUUUCUACCAAUUAUUUUAUCAACUCCCCCCUCCCCCCUGAAAACCUGUGCCAAGUUGUGAAUUCACAGGUUAUCCAAUAAGACAUAGAUCAUGGAUUAAAAACCUAUUCAAGGCUUUCUUUUUAUGAUACCCUCAAAAGUUCUUACUACACUUGCCAUGUUAUUCCUUCUUAUAUUUUCAUCUGUAUUGUUUCUUUAUUGAAACAUUACGCCAUUGGACCCAUUUGAAGAAUUUCAUUAAGUGUUUUGCAGUGUCAGUUACUUAAAGUUUCCGUAUAUAUUAUUAUAUAUAGUUGCUUAUCCAAUUAAACACUGGGUUUUAAAAUCAUUAAAAAUGGAGGUUGAAAGUAAAGAUAACUUGGGUGUUAACACUGUUACUAAACCAUUGGGUGUUGGUGUUAACAUAAAAAAUUGAGCAUUCAUCCUGAUCUGUUUGCAGAAAGUUUGUGGAGAGGUUAGACAAUGUCUAUUUAUCGAGCAUGAUUUAUUUAUGGGGAAGGUAGAUGGCAUGCCAAGCAGUUGUUAUCCCACACUUUUCACUGGAUUUAUCUUGUCACUUUCCUUAUCGCUAAAAGUCCUUUGAGUGGGGAAGCAUGCUUGUAGCACGAGAGCAUCAGAUCAGCGUUAAUUGUGCAACCUGAAGUAGUUGGUGUCUUACUGAUUCUCACCCGAAAAUACAGUGGUGCCUCGCAAGACGAAAUUAAUUCGUUCCGCGAGUUUUGUCGUCUUGCGAUUUUUUUCCUCUUGCAAAGCACGGUGUCGGGAAAGUUUUGGAAAAGCUUCAAAAAUCACCAAAGUCUUUAAAAACCUCAAAAAAGGCUACCACACCGCGUUCUAUGAGUUGCUCCUCGAAGUCAAGUUGCAACUGUAUUAACGGUGUUAAGAAAAAGGAAACAAACUUGCAAGAGGUUUCCGUCUUGCGAAGCAAGCCCAUAGGGAAAAUCGUCUUGCGAAGCAGCUCAAAAAACAAAAAACCCUUUCGUCUAGCGAGUUUUUUGUCUUGCGAGGCAUUCUUGCGAGGUACCACUGUAGUUGCAGUCUGGAAGUGCCUUGUGAUAGGAUAUAUGUAUAUAUGUAUAAUAGGUUCUGGGGUGGUUUUUGUUUUGCGGCACAGGAGAGGGAAGAGUUUAACCCUUUCCUUCUCCAGCCUCAGUUCUGACAAAGAUCUUCCUGUCAGUCCUAGAAAAAAAAGCUUCCAUUGGCAGGAUGGGAGCUUUUCCCUGUAAAGCUAAUAACAGUGUGUGUGUGUGUGUGUGUGUGACUGUGAGAGAGAAUUCCUGCAGAGCAAAUCUUUCCUUGGUUGGAACAUGUGAAGUGGCAUGGGAAUUCUGUUUUACCUCACCCACAUGUGAAAUGAAUCACCCGAUGUUUCAGCCAUGACUCCUUUUCACAGGCUACUUAUGUGAAAGGACACUGUGUGAUUAAAGGGGUGUAUAGGCUCCCCGAACCUGCCUGCUAAUGCACGAAUGAAUGCCUGUCGGUUUCCCUGCCUCAGGUAUCCAUGCUAAUGCUUUGGUGGCAGCAGUAAGACCCAGAGAAUUGCAAGUGUUGUCAAGGGGUGGGGGCGUGGGGCCCCGCAGCCUCCUUAAAAAUCAUUUGAUGCCCCUUCAUGUAAGUAAAGAAUAAAGGCAGCUACAGUUUCUAACCAGCUGAUCACUCUUCUCGUUAGAGGUCUCCAACAUACAGUAGAGGUUUCCCCAAUACUCUCACUGUGUCCUGUGAGCGUUGCACAUGGAAGCAUGAUAUCCUCCCUAUGUUCCACUUUCAGGAGGAAAGGAUUUUUGAGAAUUGAAGUCCAUGCACAUCAAAACUCCCUCUUUGGUUGACUGAUGUGUGUUCCUAUUUGCUCUCCUGCUGUGUGUUUACACACCUCCCAGCCAGAGGUACUAAACUGAACCUUGAUGUGAACUAACUCCAUUGAAAAGCCUUGUCUUUGAGUUGCUUGGAUGGGAGUCUUUGUAGUGGUUCAUUCAUAUAUGAAAGCCACCACUCAAUUUUGCAGCUGUUUACUAUCACCUUUAACCACUUCAAUUUUGAUUUUCAAAAGUUAGAAAAGAUGAGUCCCAUGAGCGACUGGUGUGUAACUGAAGGUAGCCCUGUUUAGGGAAGCUUUUAAUGAUUAAUAGACUAUUGUAUUUUUAUAUUUUGUUAGAAGCUGCCCAGAGUGGCCGGGGAAACCCAGCCAGAUGGGCGGGGUAUAAAGAAUAAAUUAUUAUUAUUAUUAUAACUAAUUAGCCUUAGAAAAUUAUUUUUAUAUGUUUUUCGAGUGUGAGUUUAUGAAUUGCAAAAUAAAAGCUAUGUAGAAUGACCUACUCUACACCUUUAGGUGCCUGCCAUCAACUGCUGUCCCUAUAAUGUGUGACUUAACCUGGAUUUAAUCUGUAGAUGCUUUUACCUCUGAAAAGUCUCCCUGAUGUUGAGAGUGAGAAUUCUUACUGCCUUAUAAUAAUUUGUAACAAGCAUGCUUGCUUAUUGUCAGGUUCUUACAAAAGGGAGCAAUUGCAGUGGUGCCAAUGGAGAACAACACGGUGCUAUUCAUCCAGCCCCCUCCAAAAAACCCCACACUGCUUCAGUAGAUCUCAUAUCAUGUGGUCCAAUGACCCCAAUGUGCAAUGAUGAUGGAUCAACACAAAUUUAUUGACUUCCUAGAGUCCAUCACUGUGUGUUGUAACUUGAAUCAGUACUCUGACUGCACUGCAAAGACCCUGCUAUAUGUAUUGAGGAAUUUAUUGGCAACAGUGACGCUGUUUAUGUGAAAGUAGUGCAGUAAUAUAAACUUACAAAUGACUUUACAGCUAUGGUUGCCUUCAGUGGAUGGAUAACUUUUUUAUCUCUCUUGCCCCAGCUGUAAUACUAUCAGACUUGCUGUUUUUGAUUAGCAGUUUACUCUUAAGUACACUUAUUAUGGAGUAAGUCUGAUUGAACUCAAUAUAACUUACUUCUGAGUAAUUGUGUUUAGAUUGCACUGCGGGAGUUAUGGAGGGCAUUUUUUUUUAUUGCUCAGACUUCUCACAGAGUUUAAAUUGCCUCAAAACUGAAACUUAUUUAUAAAAUUGAUUCUCUAAUUGACUAGAGCAGCAAGGUUCUAUAAUUAAAACUGAACUUGUCUUGGGUAGAAUUUGCAUAUUCUGUUAGCUGUAUUGCAGAGGAAGGUGAAAUGUCUAUCCUUGCUGAAUUCAGAGAUCUAGUUACCAGCAGAGUUCUUGGCUUCUUUCCAUAGUUCCUAGUCCAUUUGGUUGAGGAUUUCAAGUGUGGGUACAUGUAGACCGGCAUGUGUCCUGUUGUGCCAGAAGUGGUUUAGUCAUGGUGGCCACAUGACCCGGAAAGCUGUUUGGAGACAAACGGCGGCUCCCUCGGCCUGAAGUGAGAUGAGCGCUGCACCCCAUGGUCGCCUUUGACUUAACUGUCCAGGGGUCCUUUACCUUACCUUUACCUUAGACUGACAGCAUUGUGGACCGUAGCUGAGGUUUUCUACAUAUGUUUAGGAUAACUCAGCGGUUCAUUGAAAGGUUUCGCAAUUAGAAGUUCAGUAAUGGUGGACAAGAUUCCCUGAAAGACAGCUUGUUUAACAACCACUAUUUUGUCAGUAUGUCUGUAUAGUGAAGAGUUGGGAACAAUUGCCAGGUCUCCUGGGCCUUUCUGUGUAAAUUGAGUAUGAAAUCUUAGAACAUUCCCCAGACUCCUCAGCAAGACUCAGGGGUUACUCCAAAGGUAAAUUGAUGUGGAAAGGGUUCUCAGAAGGUAUAAAUCUUGAAAAUUGCCAUGCUAGGUUGAUGGGCAUGAAUAGAUUUCAACCUGGAGAAUGGAAGAGAAGUUGACAUUCAGCAUCAUUAGUGUUGAUGUUGAAAAUGUUACUGUAGAAAUUAUGGUCCAUGUUCUGAUGAGAUAAGGAAGAGUGCUUUGCAGUAAUGCCUUGUUGUUUACAAGCUGGAUCAGAGUGGUAGGCUUUGCCUCUGGAGUUUUUGUAGAAUCCAAGAUCAGUGUUGGUGCCAGCAAUGUGAGUCAGUAUGCAUAAGUAUGCAGCCUAGGAUUUACAAAUUGCAUGAAGGCUGCAAAUCUAAUGGGACCUGAGAGUAAGUGUGUAUAAAACCUAGUGGGAUUUCCUUUUGAGAAAACAUGAUUCUGACUGGUUUCUUGGGAAAGUAGAUACUCUUUGCAGACAAGUACACACUAUUUGACGGUAGGGAGAGCAAGGAUUACACACCUCCGUCAUUGGUGCUGUGCAAUGCCAGGUCCAUAGGCAACAAAACCGCCACCAUGCGUGACUUUUUUGUCUCGCAGGGGAUUGACCUGGCUUGCGUGACGGAGACCUGGGUACGGGAAGGCGAAGUACUCUCCCUACAUGAGAUAACACCCCCAGGUUUCUCUGUCCCCCAUCAAUCGCGGACUGUGGGUCGGGGGGGGGGAGAAGUAGCGUUGUUAUUCCGGGAGGAUUGCUCUUUCAGAGCUUUGCCAUCACUGGUGAUCUCCGGCAUUGAAUGUGUUGGUCUCGUGUGGGGCACCAAGGAGAGCUUGGCUGUCUGGUUGGUGUACCGAUCACCCAGCACACCUGCAGCCACCCUGUCAGACCUGCUGGAGGUGGUGGCGGGCUGGGCCUUGGAGUUCCCAAACCUACUGGUUUUGGGAGACUUCAACGUCCAUGCCGAUGCCGCUCCCUCCUCACAGGCUCUGGACCUAGUGACUUCCAUGGCAACACUAGGGCUCUCCCAGUUUGUUUUGGGCCCCACUCAUCAAGCAGGCCACACGCUGGAUCUGAUCUUUGGGGCUGGCAUAGAUGUGAUCAUGCUCCCCACUGUGGAAGUGCCAUGGUCUGAUCGCUACGCUCUGAAAGCCAAGAUUGACUUCCCGCUCCUCCCCGGCUCGGGUGGUGAACCUAUUUGGGCUCGUCCGCGAAAACUGAUGGAUCCUGAUAGAUUCCGACAAGCCUUGCGGAACCCUGCUCCUCCUGGCGACUCAUUAGAUGACCUUGUUGAGGACUGGAAUAACCGGCUCUUGGCAGCCAUUGAUGAGAUCGCGCCUAAGCGCCCUCUGCGACCCCGUCGAAAUCGGGCCCCUUGGUUUACUGAGGAGCUCUGGAAAAUGAAGCGGGAUCUCAGACGGUUAGAGCGAGUAUGGCGACGGACUCGUGACGGAGCCUCAAGAACAUCUUCUAGGACGCUUAUGAAAGCCUAUGAGAUGGCUAUGAAAGCUGCUAAGAAAUCUUACUUUGCAGCUUCCAUUGCAUCCGCUAGCUCUCGCCCGGCACAACUUUUUAGAAUACAGUGGUGCCCCGCAAGACGAAUGCCUCGCAAGACGGAAAACUCGCUAGACGAAAGAGUUUUCCGUUUUGGAGGUGCCUCGCAAAACGAAUCUGCUAUGGGCUUGCUUCGCAAGACGAAAAUGUCUUGCGAGUUCCUGGGUUUUUUUCCUUUCCCCCUCUUUUCUAAGUCGCUAAGCCGCUUAUCUGCUUAUCCGAUAAGCUGAUAAGCUGCUAAAAGCCGCUAAAAGCCGCUAAUAGCGCUAAUCCGCUAAUCCCAUCAAUGGGCUUGCUUUGCAAGACGAAGAAACCGCUAGACGAAGAGACUUCCAGAACGGAUUCUUUUCGUCUUGCGAGGCACCACUGUAAUUAGGUCAAUAAUGUCCUUAGGAGGACAACCAAAUUUAAGCACAAAUUCGACCCACAGCUGUGAGGCAUUCACGAGCUUUUUUGCGGAGAAAGUCCUGUUGCUCCGCUGUGACCUCCCUGCCAAUUUAGAUACAGUGACUGAACUGGAGGCCCCUCGACUGACUUCAGGUCCAGUGUUGGACCAUUUCGAUCGGAUACUCCCUACUGAUGUGGAUAGAUUCCUCCAAGUUGGUAGGCCCACCACCUUCCUCCUUGAUCCAUACCCGUCUUGGCUGAUUAGGGAGCGUCCAGAUGUUGCGCGGACCCCCCUGGUUGAAAUUAUCAAUCUGUCCCUUGACAUGGGGACAUUCCCAGGGGAACUGAAGGAAGCAGUGGUGUGUCCACUCUUAAAGAAAACUUGAUCAGAUCCCUUAGACCUAUCCAAUUACCGCCCAGUUUCAAAUCUUCCAUACCUGGGUAAGGUAAUUGAGAGAGCGGUUGCUGAACAGCUUGGUAGGUUUCUGGAGGAAACAUCGGCAUUAGAUCCAUUUCAGUCCAGUUUCCGUCCUGGUUUUGGGACGGAGACGGCUCUGGUUGCCCUAACAGAUGAUCUCCGUAGACAACUGGAUCGAGGCGGGUCAGGACUGCUGAUCCUUUUAGAUUUGUCAGCAGCCUUUGACAUGGUUGAUCAUGAUCUUCUGGACCACCGCCUCGCAGACGUGGGGAUACAGGGCAUAGCCCGUAACUGGUUGUGCUCUUUUAUCUCUGGUCGGGGACAGAGGGUGGCACUAGGGAGGGAAAUGUCGUCGCGCCACUCCUUGGUGUGUGGAGUGCUGCAGGGCGCAAUUCUCUCCCUGAUGCUUUUUAACAUCUUUAUGCGCCCCCUUGCCCAGAUUAUCUGGAGCUUUGGGCUGGGCUGUCACCAAUAUGCUGAUGACACUCAGGUCUAUCUGCUGAUGGAUGGCCACACCGACUCGGCCCCGAACACACUGACCAGAUGCUUGGAAGCUGUGGUUGGAUGGUUUCGUGGGAGCCGAUUGAAACGAAAUCCUUCGAAGACAGAGGUCCUAUGGCUAGGUCGGGAUGGCAUGGGGAUGAGGGACCAACUCCCUUCUCUUGCGGGGGCCCAAUUAGUGCCAUUGCCUUCCGUUAAGAGUUUGGGUGUAAUCCUUGACGCCUCCCUUUCCAUGGAGGCGCAAGUUACAGCAACAGCCAAGGCGACAUUUUUCCACCUUCGCCGCAUCAAGCAGUUGGUCCCUUACCUUUCCCGCCCCGACCUGGCCACAGUGAUCCUUGCGACAGUCAUCGCCAGGCUUGACUACUGUAAUUCGCUCUACGCGGGGCUGCCCUUGAAGCUGUCCCAGAAACUCCAGCGGGUACAGAAUGCUGCAGCGAGGCUCCUCAUGGGGUCUCUGCCAUGGGAGCAUAUUCACCCACUGCUUUUCAAGCUGCACUGGCUCCCAGUGAAGUACAGGGUCAGGUUCAAGGUGCUGCUUUUGACCUUUAAAGCCCUUCACGGCCUAGGACCCUCGUACCUACGGGACCGCCUCUCCUGGUAUGCCCCACGGAGAGCCUCAAGGUCCAUAAAUAACAACACCCUAGUGGUCCCAGGCCCUAAGGAAGUUAGAUUGGCUUCAACGAGAGCCAGGGCCUUUUCUCUGCCUCAUGAGACCAGGGCCCUGCACGAUCUGAUUUCUUUACGCAGGGCCUGUAAGACAGAGUUGUUCCGCCUGGCCUUUGGCUUGGAGCCAAAUUGAUUCCCUCCCUCCCUCUCUUUUUUCUUUUCAUUCUCCUGCGAUGAGGCUACAUUUUAAUAUUUUAAUGUUCCAUUAUUUUAAUGUUGUAUUUUAUUUUUGUUUUUAAGUUGUAAUCAUUCAUCUUGUUUCUGUUAUUGCUUGUAAGCCGCUCUGAGCCCGGCCUUGGCUGGGGAGGGCGGGGUAUAAAUAAAAAUAAUUAUUAUUAUUAUUAUUAUUAUUAUUAUUAUUUUAGCUAGGUAGGUUAGAAGAUCUAUCUUCUAAUGGAUUUUCAACUGCUUCUUGAUACCAGGUCUGGAGUGUAAAUUUAAGGGAGGAAUGUGUCGCAUGCCUGGGCAGCAUGCCUUCACAAAUUUUAGUUAGUAGCUUCAACGUCUUGGCUAUGCAUGACCUGUAGAGGUGGAAUUUUAAAAAUAAAAUUGUAUACAUCUGCAUUCUUGUUGAGCGUUGGACUUUUGUUUUAAAGAGACUAACUACAUACAUCUUUUUAAAAUCACUUUAGGCUUUUGUGA